CCCUAGAAAGAAUCUCUAAAACCCCCAAAUCUGUUGAAGAAGAGAAAAAUGACGCAGAAGGGAAAUCUCUUCAAAGGGCAGAAGAAAAGUAAAUCAGUUCCUCUCAAUCGACAUGGAAAAACGGCUCAUACGCGAAAAGGGAAGAAAGUUGCGAAGCCAUCAAAGGUCACCAAAGCGAUGGAUGCCGAUAGGGAGGUGAGCAAGUUUAUAAACCACUGCAAUGAGAUGAAAGCUGUGACAGUUGCUAAUAAAGAUGGUGGCUAUUUGAGUAUUGUUAAACCACCCACAGAUUCCUCAACUGGUGGUGCUGGGAAGAAGUAGUUGCUCCACCGCAGGCAUGAUGAGAAGAACAUUCUGUACUAGAAUACUGUUUUUUGGGUCUUCAAAUUUCUACUAUUAAUUUGCCUAUAUAAAAAGAAAAUACUGAUUUUUUUCAAA